AUGAUAAAGGAAUUGAAAUGAUCGAAAAUGGUGAUGAAUCUGAUUCAAAAGCUUUUGAUAAUGAUGAUGAUGCGGAUGCGGAUGUGGAUGAAGAUCAAGAUAAUGAAAUGAUCAAUUCUAUAAAUGGUGAUUCAUCAUCAUUGAUUAAUGAUGGUGGUUUACAAUCGGCAACAGCUAGUACAGCAAUUGAUGAUGAAAUUAUGAUUAGUGAAGAUGAAGAUGAUGAUAUUGUGGAUGAAGAUGGUGUUGGUGAUGAUGGUGAAGAUUCAUUAGCCGCUUCUGCAACAAAGAAUAUGGUAAAUGAAAAUAAAUUAAAUUCCAUUAAUAAUAACAUUUUGAAUAAACCACAGAAUCUGGUUACGAAAUCAUCAUUGAAUUCUGUGAAAAAUAAUCAACAAUCAAUCAAUAAUAACAAAAUUACUGAAGAAAUUGUCAUCGAAGAUGAUGAUGAUGAUGAUGACGAUAUGGAUGAUGAAGAUGAAGUGCAAGAUUUAUCAACAAAUAAUAAAUCAACAUCGAAGCAUGUAAAAGCAGAACAACAACAACAACAACAGAAGCCACAAGAACAAGAAAUGAAACAAAAAUCAAAAGAUAAUGAUAGCGUAGAUGAUGUGGUUAUUGUUGCUGAAAAAACAUCGAUUGAAGAUUUGAUUCCUAAAUUGACCGAUGAAUUGAUUGGUUUUCCGAAAUUUUUCCAAAAUGUUCUCACAUUAGGUGAUUGUAUAGCGAUAAAUAAAAAAUCUCGUAGUGAUAUCGAUAUUGAUAAAGAUUAUUCCAUACUUGAUUGUCCAUCACAAGUGGUACCAUUGAUCGUAAAACGGGCAAAUAAAUUUCCUACAAAAUUGAAACAAGAUAAUUUGGAUCAAUCAACACAGAAACCGGCACCGCCACCACCAUCUACACAGACGAAUAAUACAAAAAAUAUGUUGACCAUAUCGGAUUUUUAUUCCAGUUCAGUGGGAAAAUUUUUAAUCGGUAUUGGCCUGAGUCGUGUUAAACAAUGGUAUCAUAAAGAUGCUAUUAACAAAGUACGAAAACAGAUUCGUAAAGAAGGUGAUGCCGAAGAUUUGAUGGAAGAACUAAAGAAACAGCAAGAAUAUCUAAAUUGUUGUCGUGUAGCGAAUUCAUCAUACAUUUAUCCAACGAUAAAAUGUGAACAUUGUGAUUUUCGUACCGAAUUUCAAUCGGUAUUACAAAAUCAUAUGGCAUAUCCACAUCAAACAUCACGUAAAGAAUUGAAGUGCAAUUAUUGUCAAUUUUCUACACGUGAUUCAAAAGUUAUUAUUGAUCAUGUACAAUGUAUGCAUGAACGUAAAUGUAUGAUUGAAUUACCACCACAGCUAUAUGAAUGUCCAAUUUGUCCAUAUGAAUCUGGUGUGAAAUCAAAAGCUGCAACACAUAUAGCAAAAUGUUUGAAAUUUUUUCUACCAGAAAAAUUAUUGGUCAAUAAAGAUGAUUAUUUUCCAACGAUAACACCGAAACCAAUUACACAGGAAGAUAUAAAAAUCUAUGAAGCUACAUUACAAGCAUUACGUUUUGCUGCAUUGAAUCCACAAACAAAGGUUCCUCAGAUUGCUGGUCUACCGCCAGGUCUUCAACAACAAAUGUAUCUUGUUCAGCAACAACAAAUGAAUCGAAUUGGACCAUCAUCAGGUCGUAUUAAAAAACAUCAUCAUCACCAUCAACAGCAACAACAUCAUCAUCAUCAACAGCAACCAUUCGAUGCUCAUCAUCAAGCUCAUCAUCAACAAUCAUUAGGCCAAUCAUCCAUAAUGGCUCAUACAUCAUCAUCAUCAUCAUCGGCAAAUAAAAUGAAUCGACAUAAUAAUAAUGCUGUCACUGCUAAUCUUGCUGCCAAUGUAAAUCAAUUGGCUGGAUUGAAUCUGCGUAAUGUUGCGGCACCACAAUUGUAUAACAUGUUGGCCAAUACACAGGCUGCGGCACAAUUUUUACAGAAUCCGGCCGCAGCAGCAGCUGCCGCUGCUGGAUUACAAGGUCUAUCACCAAAUGCACUUAGUUUAUUGAAUAAAACACAUAUGUUGGCCAAAUUACAGAAUAUUGCCGGUACAGCUGCUGUUGGUGGUGGUGGUCUAUCGGCCUCACCACAACAACAACAACAGCCACAACAUUCAUCAUCAUCAUCAUCCAGUCGUCAUAAUAGUAGUAAAUCAAAUAUCAUAUCAAAUAAACAUCAUCAUCAUCAUUCACAGCAGCAACAACAACAACAACAACAACCGAAUAAUUUAACAGUUGGUUCAGCUGCUGCAGCAAAUAAUCCAAAAGGUUCAUUUGUUAUGUGUGAAAUUUGUGAUGGUUAUAUCAAAGAUUUGGAACAAUUACGUACACAUAUGCAAUGGAUCCAUAAGGUACGAAUUCAUCCGAAAAUGUUGGCCAGUAGACCACCAUUGAAUUGUCAAAAAUGUCAAUGGAGAUUUUUCACCGAUCAAGGCCUUGAACGUCAUUUAUUAGGUUCACAUGGUCUUGUUACAUCGAAUAUGCAAGAAAUGGUUAAUCGUAAUGAAGAUGGUGGCCGUUGUACGAUUUGUGGUCGUGUAUUCUCCAAUAAAUUGGUUACUCACAUGAAUCAUGCCCAUAAAAUCAAUCUAAAACCAGCACAUUUAAGCUACAAAUGUACGGUGUGUUCAGCCACAUUUAAUCUUUAUAGAUUAUUUGAAAAUCAUGUAUACAUGGUACAUAGUGGAUCGGUCAAACGAAAUAAUAAUAAUACAGCUGAUAAUGAAUCAUCAUCAUCAUCGAUGCCGCCAAGAAAAAAGGCUGCAUUAGAUAUGUCAGCAAAUGGUAAUUGAAAAAAGAUUUGGGGUUGAAAUAUGUAUAGAAAAAUUCAAUCUAUACUUGCUAACACACAUCUACAUCCAUUCGUUUAAAGCUUUAUAAAGCUAUAUAUAUCGAUUGAAUAUUCCUUGCGCCAAUCAUCCCAUCAUCAUCAUCAUCAUCAUCAUCAUCAAAAUCAUCAAGUUCAUCAACUUCAUCAUUAAAAGAAUAGAAAUUGAAAAUUUUCAUAUGGAAAAUACCAAAAAAAAAAGAAAAAAAAUGUUGAUGUAUUGGAUUUUCAAUUUUCAUAAUUAAAAAAAAAUGUAAAUAUUAUUUACUCUCUUUAUUAUUAUUUUAUUCAUUAAGACGCUUGUUCAACAUUAUUUCUACUACAAAAAUAACAACCAAACAAACAAACCAACAACAACAACAACAAUUCAAUUUAACACACCCACCCACCCACACACAC